AGCAUCCUGUCAGUGCAUCUAUUGCAAAAGCGAGACAUGUCGGACUGGUUUCAUGUACAUAUGCAUCAUCACUCCCCACCCAAUUACUCAUUUUAUUUUGCGAGAAAGUGAGACAAAGCUCGAGAAUAAUGGAGAGAAAAGAAAUUCACGUUGUUCUCCUUCCAUGGCUAGCAUUCGGUCACAUGAUGCCAUUUCACGAGCUCGCCAUAUCCCUAGCCAAAGCCGGCAUCAAAGUCUCCUACAUCUCAACCCCAAACAAUCUCCGCCGCCUCCCCACCCCUCCGCCGCCUCUCGCCGCCCUCAUCACUCCGGUGGCGCUUCCACUUCCGCCGCUCGACUUGCCGGAAAACGCCGAAGCCACCGUCGACAUUCCCAUGGAGAAACUCCUCUCCUUAACCAUGGCCUUCGAUCUCCUCCACCGACCCUUCAAGCAAUUCGUCUCCGAUCACUCGCCGGACUGGAUCAUCUCCGAUUUCAUCCCCCAUUGGACCUCCGACGUAGCUCGAGACUUGGGUGUUCCUCUAUUGACCUUCUCUGCUUUCUCGGCGGCGACCAAUGUGUUCUUCGGCCCGCCGGAGUUUCUCUCCGGCGAGGGUCAGAAAAGAGUCCGAUCAUCCAUCGAGAGCCUGACUUCGCCGCCGGAGUGGGUCACGUUUCCUUCGGCGGUGGCGUACCGGAGAUUCGAAGCCGCCGGAGCUCUUUUCGGGUUUUUUGGGGAUAAUCCGACCGGGAUCUCCGCGGCGGGAAGAGUCGGGAAAACUCUAGAAGGUUCUAGAGCUGUUGCGAUUCGGAGUUGUAGAGAGAUCGAGGGUGAGUAUUUGAGCUUGUUCGAGCAGAUCAUUGGGAAGCCUGUGAUUCCAGUGGGUUUGCUUCCGCCAUUGAAAUCGAAUAAAGCUCAAAAACAAACCAGAGAUGAGAAUUGGACUCAAAUCUUCAAAUGGCUUGAUUAUCAGAAACCCAGAUCGGUUCUUUUUGUUGGGUUUGGGAGUGAGUGUAAACUCAACAAAGAAGAAAUUCACGAGAUCGCUCAUGGGCUUGAGAAAUCGGAGCUUCCAUUUUUGUGGGCUCUGAGAAAACCCACUUGGGCAAUUGAAGAUCUCGAUUCUGUGCCGAUUGAAUUCACUGAUCGGACAUUGGAGAGAGGGAGAGUGAGCUUCGGAUGGGCACCGCAGAGAGAGAUUCUGGAACACCCAUCAAUCGGAGGGUCUCUGUUUCACGCAGGUUGGGGAUCGGUGAUUGAAACACUGCAAUUUGGACACUCGAUGGUGGUUCUUCCAUUGAUAAUCGAUCAGGGUUUGAAUGCGAGGUUGAUGGUUGAAAAGGGUUUGGCGAUUGAAGCGGAGAGAAGUGAAGAUGGGUCGUUUAGCAGAGACGACAUAGCUAAGGCUCUGAAACUAGCUAUGGUGUCCAAGGAAGGAGAUGAAAUGAGAGCUCGGUUGAGAGAAGCUGCGAAGAUGGCUGGACAUCAGAAACUGCAUGAUGGUUAGAUCCAAUUUUGGGUCAGAUCCAAUUUUGGGUCUUGGGCUUGGAAGAGAGAUAAGAAGUGAGGGUUGUUGCCAUUGUUGAGAGAUGAGAGGUCCGGCGGGCAGCCAAGGCGAGGCUGCCGCCCGCCGGUGAAGCGAAAAUACUAGGUUCUCAACCUUGCUCUGAUACCAUGUAAAAAAUAUAUUGAUAGAGAU